AUGUCGUCGUCGCAGACCAUGACAGCGCCAGCGGUGGGCCAUCGUCCUCCUGAUGCCGGUCCCAGUAUGUCGUCCAUGUACGACUACGGCCGAUCUCAACAACCAGACGACCAUCCGUCUACCUCCUCGCCCACCGACGCCGCAAUCCUCGCUCUGCACGAUUCUGCCCUCCCCCCCGAUUGUCCUGCCAAUAAUGGCCUGCCUGCCACGAUGCCCAUCAAGACCGAGCCCGAGGACUCCAAUCCCUCCUCCUCGCCCGCUGCUCAGAACUCUCACGCCGACGUCCGCCGUCAGUCCGCCGCCAGCGCUCUUUUAGCCCAGCUUCUCGGCAACCAUUCCUCGGCGCCGUCCGAUGGGACUAUUGCAGAACAACCCGUGCCCUCCGACCACAAGACAGACCACCUCCCCGGGCCUGACGAUGGCAUGAAUGGCCACCACUGGUCGACCGAUCCGCCCGCAGAGCCUUCUGUGGCGCCGGCAGAUCCUGGAACUCAGGAUCAGAGUCCGACCAACCUCGGUGGGCUGCUAUCGGGGUUUCAGCAGGAGGGGAAAAAUUCAGAUCAACCGCCUGAGAUGUCAUUUUCGAACCCUGAACAUGGCGAGAAUGUCCCAGCCAAGACCGCCGAUCCAAUAGAUGGACUGACGGACCCCUUGCUGUUGUCGAAAUCGAACCUCGAUCAUUCCGACCUGUUUUCGUCCUUCGAUAUCACCGCCGCCCCCAAGAACCCCUACGAGGCAUUGCAUCAAAAUGAGAUGCUCACGGCCGCCUAUCUAUCCCAAAGUGCCGAUCUUUCGGCUCUAGGGUACUCCGGAGGAUCUCUUCACCAGGAGGGUGCUGGUUCGAUGGCUGGAUCGGAGCCUCGGAUUCAAGCCUUUGCGAAGUUGGAAUUCGAUGACGGUCACUUCUAUUGUAAUACGUACUCGUUCAUCCUCGGCCGAGACGUACGAGCAGCUCGAGCUGCCCAUGAACGGGAAUUGCAAGCUCGUCAGGCUGUGCGGACCUCUCGCGCGAAAAGCUCAAGUGGCGGCAACACAUCGCAGACACCCGCCCGCGUGAAGCACGAAGGCAGCGGCAUCAUAGGGAGCGUGGUCAGUGACCGUGGUGGGAUUCUGGGCUUUGACCCGGACGUUCCGCCGCAUCUACCGCGUGUGAGUCGACGAUCGUCCAAUUCUUCUCGUGCUGAGUCGGGUGCCCCGCUGCAUGCGACUCCGGCCCAACUACAGUCUGGCACCGACUACAAUGCCCUUGCUAUGCAGUCGCUUCACGACGGAGGAGGAGAUGCAAAGCCUGUUGACACAUUGGCUUUAUUACCCUCUCCCGAUGCUUGCCCGACAAUCCCCAUCCACCCCCCGGCUACGGCCGACGGCAUUGCCGCGGGUCAUAGAGGCAUCUCCCGGAAACAUGUCAAGAUCGCAUAUAAUUUCGAGGGGAAUUUCUUUGAAAUGGAGGUGAUGGGGAGGAACGGUGCGUUUAUCGGGGCUGAUUGGCUAUCGCCUGGUCAAGUUCGUCCUCUGCACAGUGGGGAUUACAUUCAGAUUGGCGGCGUGCGCAUACGUUUUUUGCUGCCCGAUGUCCCUAUAGGAGAAACUGGAGCCGAAGUAAACGAAGAGUCGCGCGCCGCCGAAGAUGAAGCUGCGCAAGCGGCGAUUGAUAAUGAUGGGACAGACGACAAACGGAACAAGGACGGUACAAAGUCAACCAAGCUUAUUUUGAAGACUAGGGAAAAUGAUUCGACUCAACCAGUGCCGUCCAUUGAAGGAGGUGCAGAUGGCUCUCAGCAGCCGAUCCGCCGUCGUGGCCCCGGUCGACCCCCGAAGGACGGGAUCAUGUCGAAACGAGAACGCGCCGAAUUGGCCAGGGAGCAAAAGAUGGCUGCAAAACGCGAGGCAAAUGGAGGCAUCACCCCUCCUCCACAACAUCGGUCGAAAUCUGGCAAAACUACAGCUGCGGGUUCCGCUGCCACUGCGCCCAAGGAAUCUCUUGGUGUUGCUGGGUCGCCUGAAUCCAAGCCCGAAAAGCGCAAGUAUACCAAGAGGAAGAAGCUCGAUGGGACUUCGAUGGACUUUCCCUUACCGUCGACGGAGGGUGGCCAGUUCCCUAUGGAACAGCGCCCAGAAGACUUCAUCAAGGCUCCUCCUGUCAAGAAACGCAAGCCGUCCCGGUCACCAUCUCCCAAUUAUCCCCCCGAAUCUGCGUAUACUCCGGAGGAUCUUGCAAAACCACCAUAUAACUAUGCGGUUCUUAUCUUCGAUGCUCUCACCGAGGCCGCUACUCCGAUGACGCUUAAGCAGAUAUACCGUGCCCUCAAGCUCAAGUACCCGUAUUUCCGGUUCAAAUGUGAGACCGAAGGUUGGACGUCCAGCGUCCGGCACAAUCUCAACGGGAAUAGUCAUCUCUUUAUGCACGCCGAACGAGAUGGCAAGGGAUGGUCAUGGCAACUACGACCAGGGGCGUCGGUCGAAAAAGAGAAGAAAAGACGCCCGUCUCCACCUCCACCGGUGUCGCAGCCCUCUUCGGUGCCGGCUGCCACGCCGCAGUAUAUGCCACCAACGAAUUCUCCUUAUGCCGGUCAACCCAGUGGGCAAACGGGCAUGGCCAACCCUCAUUACCAAUUCCCAUCGAUGCCGGCGAAUCCGUAUGCCGCGCCUUCGCCGGCACCUGUCCCUAGUCCAGCACCUCCGCAGUCGAAUCCGUUCCCUAUUCCUCCCCAGGCUGCCGCCUCUACACCAUUCCCAAUCCCCAGCCCACUGCGAAACAACCUCCCACCCGCUUUUGCUCAGACUACUCCUUCCACAUACACGUCUCCCUAUGCUUCCGAUCCUCCCCCACAACUCGUUCAAUUCCAACAAUCGCAACAACUGCAGCAACCACACAAACCGCAGGCCAUGCCACCGCAGCAGCAUCAGCUGCCUCCGCCACCGCCCCAGCAGCAGCAACUUAAUCAACACCAACAUCACCAUAACCCACAACAGCCGCAACCACAACAGCACGCCCUGCCGCCGCAACACCACUCCCCUUACCCGCCGCAAAAUCCUCCGCCGAUGUCAAACCUCACUCCACAGCCGCAGAAUCUUCCACCGGCAUCUGGGCCUCUUCAGCAUCAGGCCAGCCUCAACAUGGCAUCAAGCGAACCUAGCUCCGGCCCUAUGGACAAUUCAGAAGCGUUGUCAUUCAAUGACCGAGCGAGCAAAGCCAUUGACGAUUUCGAAGCGGUGUUGAUGGAAGACUACGAAGACAAGAACUAUAUCCGGGAAGUGCUCAAGAGUGCUCGGGCUCGUGUUUUGGGUGAGGCAACGGAGAGUUCAUUCCCCGGGGGAGAGCCCAAAGACGAGGCAGUUAUUCUCGAUGCGCUUCGCAAUCUAAUCGGCAGCUUGAAAGACCAAUAG